AUCGUACUGGUGGGUAUUAGGUCGUGAGGAAACCGGUGUGUAGGUGGAUGAGUACACCCUGGUGAUUUCCCAAGCAUACCAACGAAACACGACUGUCGACUGUAGUUUUUGGUUUAAUAGAUUACCUGUGGAUCGGAGUUACUCGUAGUCUCAAGAAUUCGCAUUUUGAAAACGGGGCUAGGAAAACUGACACGGACCGAGAGAAGAAACUGGACGUCAUCAUCUUCUCUUUUCUGGAGAUACAGGAAACCAAAAGCGGGGGUGGAUGCAUCUAGGAACCCGUGAGACUGAGCCACGGUUUGGCCCACGUUAAACGCGAUAACAAAACGGGGAAUGUUCUUGUUUUAAAUUGAGUGACGAUGUCUAAACAAAAUCGCUCUGAUCCUCUCCGAAAAUGAUAUGUGCAAGUAUUAAAUCGGACGAAGACAAGGUUUUUGCGGACAUGGAGAGCGUCGGAGGGAGCGCAGAGUGACCUAGCUAGCUAACAGUUGUAGCUAGCCAGCCAGCUUGUUAGCUAACGUUAGCUGCUGUAGCCAAGACAAAGAAAGGGGAAGAGAAGAGUUUCCUAUUACACUGAAAAUAUCGACAUCCUCCAUAUUCGAAAAUUAGUUUUUAACCAGUUUUCCUUUUAAGUGGAUAGCUGAUUUCUGCACAACUCGACGUGGGUUUGUAACAAACCUGAUUAGCUAGCUAGCUAUGAUACGUGGCUCAUUAAGUAAUUGCUGCUUGCAGGCAAACCAGGUGUAGGCUACAUUUAUAGUCCAGUUUGACGUGUCACAAACAUAUAGCCAUAGAGCUAGCUACCACGCUACAUUAUAGCUAGCCAAGUGAAAAGAGAAGCCAUUAUCGAGCUACCGAGUCACAGUGUUAAUUCAUCAGAGUAAUUAGUUAACGAAAUCAAUGGAUCUAAAGACAGCAGUUUACAACGCCGCCAGGGACGGCAAGCUCCGGCUGUUGCAGAAGCUCUUGGAGAACAAAGCUGAGCCUGAAGUUACCAAGCUGAUGGCAGAAAAGACAAACGGAGCAACCCCGCUACUGAUGGCUGCCAGAUACGGGCAUCUGGAUUUAGUCGAGUACCUCCUGGAGUGCUGUUCUGCCCCGGUCGAGAUCGGCGGGUCGGUGAAUUUCGACGGCGAGACCAUCGAGGGGGCCCCUCCGCUGUGGGCCGCCUCGGCGGCCGGUCACCUCAAAGUGGUUCAGUCGUUACUGGGUCACGGUGCCGCCGUGAACAACACGACCCUCACCAACUCUACCCCGCUUAGGGCCGCCUGCUUUGAUGGGCACCUCGACAUCGUAAAAUACCUGGUGGAGCACAAGGCAGAUCUGGAAGUAGCGAACAGACAUGGGCACACCUGCCUCAUGAUCUCCUGUUACAAAGGACACAAGGAGAUUGCCCAGUACCUUUUGGAAAAAGGUGCCGACGUUAAUCGAAAAAGCGUUAAAGGUAACACGGCUUUGCAUGACUGUGCUGAAUCGGGGAGCCUGGAGAUAAUGAAAAUGCUGCUAAAGUAUGGUGCCAAAAUGGAGAGGGAUGGAUACGGCAUGACCCCGCUGCUGUCCGCCAGCGUGACCGGACACACAAACAUUGUAGACUUUCUCACGGAGCACCACCAGACCAGCCAGAUGGAGCGAAUAAACGCCUUGGAGCUUCUGGGGGCCACGUUCGUGGACAAGAAAAGGGACCUCCUGGGUGCGCUCAAGUACUGGAAGAGGGCGAUGGACCUGCGGUACAGCGACAGCAACAAUAUCCUCUACAAGGACGAGCCAAAGCAGCUGAUCAUGGCCUACGACUACGCCCGAGAGGUGAACAGCGGGGAGGAGCUGGAUGGGCUGAUCUCGGACCCCGACGAGAUGAGGAUGCAGGCGCUGCUCAUCCGGGAGCGCAUCCUGGGCCCCUCGCACCCAGACACGUCCUACUACAUCCGCUACCGGGGGGCGGUCUACGCCGACUCGGGCAACUUCGAGAGGUGCAUCAACCUGUGGAAGUACGCCCUGGACAUGCAGCAGAGCAACCUGGACCCCCUGAGCCCCAUGACGGCCAGCAGCCUGCUGUCCUUCGCCGAGCUCUUCUCCUUCAUGCUGCAGGACCGGGCCAAGGGGCUGCUGGGCACCUCGGUGUCCUUCCAGGACCUGAUGGGCAUCCUGAGCAAGAGCGUGCUGGAGAUCGAGAGGGCGGUGAAGCAGACGCAGCCACCGCCUGACCCCGCCCAGCUCAGCAAGGCGCUGUCCAUCAUCCUGCACCUCAUCUGCUUGCUGGAGAAGGUCCCCUGCAGCGUGGAGGAGGACCACUUCAAGAAGGAGACCAUCUACCGCUUCCUGAAGCUGCACCCCUGCGGCAAGAACGGCUACAGCCCGCUGCACCUGGCCGUCGACCGCAACACCACCUGCGUCGGCCGCUACCCUGUCUGCAAGUUCCCCUCCCUGCAGGUGGCCUCCAUCCUGCUGGAGUGCGGAGCCGACGUCAACUGCCGCGACGAGGACAACAACAGCCCGCUGCACGUGGCCGCCUCCAACAACCACCCGGACAUCAUGAACCUGCUCAUCUCCAGCGGCACGCACUUCGACAGCACCAACGCCUUCAAGCAGACGGCCUGCGACCUGCUGGACGAGAAGGAGAUGGCCAAGAACCUGAUCCAGCCCAUCAACCACACCACGCUGCAGUGCCUGGCGGCGCGCGCCAUCGUCGAGCACGGCCUGGCCUACCGCGGCAACAUCCCGGAGAAGCUGGAGGCCUUUGUGCUGCUCCACAGAUAAUGACCACUAAACCGGCGCGCGAGGAGGCACGGCACGGCCUCACGUCCUCUUCCACUUCAACCCCCCCCC